AUGGGCCUUAGCAAGGCUUCCACGGGGGCGAUGCCCUCAUCACAUGGCGUCGACCCUCUCUUGAGUGUUCUUCCAGCAAAUGCUGGGCCAUGGUACAAGCAGCGUCAUCUCUUGCAUCUCAAUUUUAUCAUCAUCUCGCUGGUGAUGUACUCAUCAGCUAACGGAUACGAUGGAUCAUUAAUGAACGGUCUCGAGGCACUUGACCAAUGGAAAGCGUUCAUGAACAACCCGGCAGGAGCCUGGCUUGGAUGGAUCAAUGCUAUCUAUUGGCUCGGUUGUGGUAUUGGUUACCCAAGCGCUUCAUGGAUUGCCAACAAAUACGGUCGCAAGCCCGGCGUCUACGUAGGGUAUUGCCUCCUAACACUAGGAGUUGCUCUCCAGACUGCAGCACCAAACACAACUACCUUUCUGCUUGCCAGAUUCUUCUUGGGGGGUGCUUCCGCCCUUUUCGGAAAUUCUGUUCCUCUACUCAUCAAUGAAAUCGCUUACCCUACUCACCGUGGCAUUUUGAACGGUCUUUUCAUGUCAGGCUGGUACGUCGGUGGAACUGUCGCUGCCUUUGUUGUUUUUGCUUCUCGGACAUACGGAUCUUCUUGGGCCUGGCGACUACCUUCCGUCCUUCAGGCUCUAGUACCCAUAGUUGGACUUCCAGGGUUUCUUCUCGCCCCGGAGAGCCCCAGAUGGUUUGUGUCCAUGGGGCGUGAAGACGAAGCCCGUGAUAUUCUCACUCAAUAUCAUGCAGCUGGCGACUCUAGCUCGCCGCUGGUCAACUACGAGUUUCAAGAGAUCAUCUCUACCAUUCGCGCAGAGCAACAGGCGAACGAAGACGGCAGUUAUCUUGAAAUGGUCAAGACGCCAGGUAAUCGCCGUCGUUUGAUGAUAUCUAUAACCCUUGGACUGUUUUCUCAAUGGGUCGGAAACGGUGUCAUCUCGUACUACCUUUCAUUGAUUCUCAGUUCUGUCGGAGUCACCCAGGUCAAAGAUCAAACACUCAUUUCCGCAUGUUUGCAAGUGUGGGAUCUGAUCUUCGCCGCUUUGGGAGCAUUCUUUAUCGAUCGCUUUGGGCGCCGACCACUAUUUCUUACCUCCGCUGGUGUCAUGUUCGUCAGUUAUGUACUUGUCACAGCUUUGUCCGGGGUAUACGCCACCAAUGGCGAUAGCGGUGCAGGAGGCACGGUCAUUGCAUUUCUCUUCAUCUUCUUCGCUGGGUAUUGUAUAGCAUUAACACCCUUCCUUACCUCAUAUCCGUGCGAAAUUUGGCCCUUCCGACUCCGAUCCCGUGGUUUAACAGUCACCUGGGUGGCUGCUAUCGUGGGCAUGUUUUUCAACACCUUUGUUAAUCCAAUUGCACUCGCCGCGAUUGGAUGGAAAUAUUACUUUGUAUUUGUGGCUGUCCUAUCUAUGUUCGGCGGCACGGCCUUCUUCUAUUAUCCCGAAACGAAGGGUUAUUCUCUAGAGCAAAUCGCAGUGAUUUUUGACGGCGAAGAUGCUUUAGUGAGUAGCCCUGCGGAUAUCGUGGAUACCAUGAAGGGAGAAAAGUCUGAGACUUUGGCUGUCCAUGAAGAAUCUGUUUAA